CGCCGGUGAUAUCCCAGGGAGAUCUUGGUCACGAGUUAGCAGGUCGAGGAUAUCGAGUCAUGCUCUUUGGUAAAUUAUAACCCACAAUUCUCAAGCGCCGUGUUGACUUAGAUAAACUGACUCAAUUCUCAGAUCUCUUUGGUCGCGGGUACUCGGAUGCGCCCAUGGACCUCGACUACGAUAUGCGGCUCUACACAACCCAGAUCCUACUAGUCCUAGCAUCGUCGAAGGUGCCAUGGACGACAUUCAAUCUUGUGGGAUACUCUCUCGGCGGUGGCCUUUCUGUCGCGUUCACGAGGUACUUCCCUCAUAUGGUCGACUCCCUCACUUUGGUAGCUCCCGGUGGGAUAAUUCGGCCGUACCACGUUGGUUGGAGGAGCCACAUGUUAUAUAAUUGGGGAAUUCUACCCGAAUUUAUAGUGAGAAUGUUGGUAAAAAGGAGAGUCCGGCCGAGGGACAAUCAUGCGCCCGGGUCUGCGGGGGCUCCUACUCUCGCGGCUGCCGAGGCGAAGAAGCAUGUUCCAAAUGGAGAUGGUGAUUCUAAUGGAGGAGAUGCAUGGGAUAACGCGGGAAUUUCGAAGUAUCGACCCGGAGUUACUGUCUCAUCAAUCAUACGAUGGCAAGUCGAUCAUCAUGAAGGGUUCGUAACGGCGUUUCUGAGUUCGAUACGUAAUGCUCCCAUUUAUGCACCCCAAGAAGAUUGGGUAGCCCUAGCGAUGCUUCUUGGAAGGAGAAGACGGCAUGAAAACAAUAGCAUAGUCGGAUCCACCCCGGGACUUCGUGCUGGAAAAAUUCACAUUGUGUUGGGAGAAGAGGACCCCGUUAUCGUCAAAGAUGAGCUGAUAGAGGAUACAAGACGGGUUCUAGGGCCUGAUGGAGUUGAGAUAAUGGUUUUGCCUGGAGGUCACGAAAUCCCCAUCGCUGCGAGCUUUGACGUUGCGAAUGCCAUAGAGGGGUUCUGGCAUAGAUAUUGAUUUGGGGUAGGUUUCACAGUCUUAGAGGGAAUAAUCACCUAUAGAUAGAGAUAAUCCCAACCGGUGAGGCCAGCAACGUCAUCGACGGCAAUUUAUUUAUUCAGACUAGGUACCUAAUCCUACUCGCUUAGGUGGUGGAAAUUACAGAUACCUCGAAGCUAAAUUCGAGGACAGAAAAUUGUUACAUGCUCGAAUAAUCGAUAUAUCACCUUUUGUUUUCAA